GCAUUACGUCACCUCCAGGGGUGGGGAGGGGAUGCUAUAAAAAUCCUUGCUAAGGCAAAGGACGUGAAUCAAGAAGCAUGUGUAUGGCGAAAGGGAAAGUGCUCGUAGGAUAACAGUCAGUGCCAGAGGUUUAUCGUCGAAGCAGGUAUCAAGACCGCAAGUUCCAAGAAUGAGGAUACUUUUAUUUGCCGCGUUAGCGACAGCAGCAGCGGUCGCAGUGGCGUUGCCCAGGACCAAACGGCAAGCUUACCACCUUCCAGACGGAGCCGAAUUGAUAGUUGGCAACAUUGUGACCAGCUUCCGCUGUCAAGGCGACGGCUACUACGCCGACAUUGACAAUGACUGUAAGAUCUUCCAUGUCUGUACGAAAGUCACGCAUGCAGACGGCUACACGGAAAUGCUUCAGCACAGCUUCUUCUGCGGUAACCUCACCGUCUUCAAUCAACUUAGCUUCACUUGCGCCCACGAAGACGACGCCGUGCCAUGUCAAAACGCAGCAGACUUUUUCUACCUCAACGGUAACUUGGGAGACGAAAACGCGCUCUUCCUGAACGACGACGAUGUCCAGAGAGCUGCGGAUAUCAUUACCGGGGGCCAUCGCGGUGACCAGGCGCGACCUCCCCCUCCUGUGGCGCCACCUGCCCCGGAACCGCAGCCAGUACCGCCUCCACCAUCGCGUCCGAUACCUCAACGUACACCUCCUCGAGGACCCCCAAGAGGACCUCCACCAACGCAAGCUCGUCCGCCGCCACCCAGAAGGCCGCAGUUUGGUGCAAGGCUUGGCUGAGGAUUGUUCGUCGAAGGACGGAGGGAAGUUCGAUCGUUCAAGCACUUCUUCUUUGCUACACAAAAGUCAUUUCUGUGACAAGCGUAAUGAUGUACAAUGUGUCAAAAAGACAGUUUUUAUGUUCAUUUCAACAUUCAUUAUCUUGUUCACCACUACGAUACGGAUGAAGUAAAUGAUACCCUCUUUGAAUAAAUAUCGAAGGUUGUCAACUGCAGAUCUGCCGCAGUGUCAAACACAAAUGCGUUCAUUGUCCGCUCUUACAUGAUCGAUGUACUAUCGCAACAUUUUACAGCAAGCUGUCGUACAUCAUGCAAUGCACGUAUUUUUAGGAGCAAUACAAGCUAUACACGUAAAGCAGCAAUGACUAUAACCUAACGCUUCGAAUGCGUGUUCAUGGUUCUCAUAGCGAAACCGAUGAAAGUUGCUUGCAGCUUGCCCCACUUCAUCGAUAGUGCACACAACAAGCUAUUUUGGUAUAUCGGCCGUCAUCCAGUACACGGUUCUAUAGAAAUGCGCCACCAUUGCUGCACCGUACCGUGCUGGAUUCAUGGGGACGUAGAGUUACGAAGCCAGUUUGGGAACAUACAUACGUACCGCAGUGACGAACGAUGAGGCACUAUGUUCUUCCUUCCAACAACCCUUCAAUGCACACUGCCAUUAGACUAGCUACAAUACUGCUGUUCACCUGAGCCUUUGUAGGGACGCGUCUGUUCCUACAACUUCUGUAUCAAUGUCCGUUCAGGAUAAUAGAUGUUUUACGCUGUGACAUGUUCUUCAUAUUACGAAGUUUCACGUCGAAAUAAAAACGCUAUUUACUGUUUUA